AUGUCCGCCAUCGAAGAGAACCCAGCCGUCGACACGCAGGUAAAGAAACGAAAGAGGACCGGCAAAGAGAGGGAGGAGAGGAAGAAGGCUGCCAUCCUGGCCCAACAGCAGGCUGAAGAAGUAGUGCAGAUGGAGGCCCGGGAAGAUGAUCCCAAGGAGAAGCAGAAGUCCGAAGAAGCGAUACAGCCUGAGACUGUCGCGGAGACUGCUCGGCCCACUGUCGACCUUGACCAGCUCAGCAAGCGAGUCCCCCAAGCACUGAAAUCACUCCACCCUGCCUUCAAGCAGGCUAAGACUUUUGAAACCCGUCGAUUGAUAAAAAAGAUCAAAUUUCUUCGCUCAAAAGAAUCCAAAGACAACAAAGAAGAGAUUGAGAACCUCGAAUCUCAGCUCGCCUUGAUACAUGCCAUUUCCCUUCAUUCCCUCGCUCAAACUCAUCUCCUGUCCAAACUUCGCAAACACCCCCGCCUCAAACAAACACCCCUCCCUUCUUCCAUCACUUCCCAAUUCACCCUUCUUCAAUCAUCAAACGAGGCGGCUGGUUCGACGAGCAAUGCGGCAGUCUUGACCGGGAAAGCGGAGAACAGGCUUACCAGUGCGAAGGGUGUGGCGGAGAAGGUGAAGAGUGUUUUGGCUUGGGUCACUGGCGAGGAGGGAGCAAAGCUUGUUGCGGACAAGAAGGGUGCUGCCAAGAGCAAGCCUGUCAAGAAGAACGCCCAAGCUGCCAGUGACUCUGAGGACGACCAAGGGAUGUUUGACGAGGGCUUGUCGAGGCAGAUUGCCAAUGGCUCUGACGAAGAGUCGGACUCUGAUGACGAGCUCGCCCAGCAGCACCGAGCGGCUGAUGCUGCCGGCUGGGAGUCUGGUUCCGUCUCUGGCGGGGAAGACUCUGACGCCGAGUCAGACGACUCUGAUGCCAUCCCCGUCCGCCCAGCUAAACGCACCAAGGCUUCUUCCCCUCCCGCUAAAGCUCCCAAAGCUCCCAAACCCGCCAAGAAAGAGAAACCUUCCAAGGCGGAUCUUGCUUCUUCCAUGUUUCUUCCGUCCCUCGCUGUUGGGUUUACCAGAGGCGAUGAUGGAGAUUCUGAUCCUGAUCUUGAUGAUGAUCCCAAUGGCGUUGCAGGGAGGGAGCAGCCAGUCAGGAAGAACAGGCGUGGACAGAGGGCAAGACAAGCUAUCUGGGAAAAGAAGUACGGCAAGGGCGCCAAGCAUGUCGUAAAGCAGCGUGAGGAAGAGCAAAUCGAGGAAGAGAAGGCUAGGAAGAGAGCUGCGGACCGGGCAAGGCCCAGAGAUAGUGGAUGGGGCAACAAGGGAGGCGCUUCGGGUUCCGCUGCUCCUGCUCCAGUUUCUGCUGCUCCUCGCGCUGCACCCUCAGCCGCAGCCCCGCAAGCGCAAGCUGGGGGACAGAGUUUGCAUCCUUCUUGGGAAGCGGCCAAGCUCAGAAAGCAAAAGAUGGAAGCUGUCGCAGCUGCCAACCCAUCACAAAAGAUCGUCUUCGAUUAG